AAUUCAGCAGUUAUACGUAAGGUGAUCAUCGGAUUGCCGAGGAUACCGCACCGAGUCGAGUCGCAGCUCGCAUAUUAUAUAGAUUCGCGUUAGGGCAUCGAGAUUCGAGAGAAAAGUCGGCCUCAGCCUAAAGCGUCGAGUGCCAUUCCUGUAACGUGCAGCGCGAACCUGUAUCUACAUGAACUGUCGCAGCUACCCGCGUCACCUGCUUAUGCAAGAUUGAUUAUUGCGAUAAAAAAACUCGCCAUUGAGUUGCUUUCGAAUUCACAUUAAGAUGGAUGACUCAGAUAUUCCCAUGUUGGAUGUUGGCGACUUUGAAGUUUUGGAUGAGUGUGCCAGUGAUGAAGACGAUGUGGAUCAAAAAAGUGAGUAUGACUACGAGUAUGAUGAACCAGAUGUUGAGGACAAUAACGAUGAAACUAAUGAAGGUCUAGAGUUUGGAGAUAAAGAAUGUUCCAACUUGGAGGAAGAAAAUAGUGCUGAUAACACAGAUACAGUUUUGGAUGUAUCUAUAGAUGUAACUGAAAACGAGUUUCUCGAAACCGUUGCAAAGGAUUUCUCUGAAAACAUUGAAGAUGAAGCCAAUGACAAAUCUCCCAAGAAAACAAACAAAGAUGAAACAAAGGCUGCAUCCGAUAAAGGAAAGAAUGAUCAGGAGCUUGAAGUCGUUGCAGUGAUCCCACAAAAAAAACCUGGGCCAAAAUCAAAAACAUUAGUUGAUUCAACUAAGAAAAAAACUCCAAUUGUUAUCACUUUUGAUGAUUCUAAAGAAAGUAAAAAUUCUGUUUCUAAAGAAUCAUCAGGUGAUACUCAAUCUAAUAAUCAUCAAAAAAAUAAUUAUCUCAAUAAACCAUCAGUGGCUCAAACAAACCAAGGUUCACAAAAUUUCCACAAAAAAGCAAUGACCGAUGAAGAAAUCAUGAAAAGUUGUGAUGAAAUUGAAAACUCAGCACUUAACUCUGAUACCUUUGUUAUAGAGAAUGAUGUUAAAGAAAUUAAAGAAGAAAAUAAAGAGGUUGCAGAAACUGAAUCAGAUGGAAAAAAUGUAGCAGAAUCUUCUCCAACAGAAAAUUGGGAUGAAGAAAUUGAAAAAAAUGCUGCCAAAAAGAUCGUGAAAAAAAUGGUCUUAAAACGAGAAUUCAAAGAGAAUGAAAUGUGGUAUAAAGAUAAAUUAGAGCAAAAAGAACAAAGUGUUCAAGAUAAGUUUACUAAACUAGCCAAAAUUAUACAAUACUCUUAUCCAAUGUAUAAGAAAUGGCUGGAUAAAAAUGAAGCUUUAUUUGGUACUGCUAUUUGUAAAGUUGAACCUUCAAGAUUUAGCCCUCUGGACAAAUUGUAUCCUAACAGAUGGAAAUUUAUGUGCAACAAAAAAGUAAAUCAACAAUCAUCAAAGGAGGGGGAUAAUUCAACUGAUAAGUCUUCUGAAAACAAGGAUAAUCAAUCUGAAUGGGUAAUUGUUCCUGGUUAUGCUGAUGCCAAUGUGGAGAAUGCAGAAGAAUAUCCGCCGUUUAUUAUGCGUGUUGUGAAGAUCUUUGAAGAAUUUCUAAAUUCACUUGAGGGCUCAAUCACAAAUGCUCCUGAUAUCGAAAAUGUUCCUGAGAAAAUUCCUGAAGAAAGUAAAAAAAGUGACAAUGUUAAAUCUCCAGAAGCCACCAAAACUGAAAUUUCAGAAAAAGAGCCAGAGAAGGAGCCUCUUGAUGUAAAACCAGAAGAUGAAGAAGGAAAUGAAGAAAAAGCUGAUAAAACCCAAGCUAGCCAACCUGAAACUUCUCCAACUCCUGCUGUCACAGAGAGUGAAAAAGAAUCACCUAUUAAAGAAUAUAAUAGAACAUUUUCAGAGGGAGUCAACCUAUUAUUCAGAAGCUCAACCCAGCAGCAAAUAAUGAUUAAUGUGACUGGUAAAAACCUCAAACAAGACUUUAUUGACAAAGUAAAGACAUUUUUUGAAACUGGUCCAGGUAGUGAAUGCAAUGUUAAGUCGGUGUAUUGCAAGAAUAUCAUUAAAAAGAAUAAGAAAAUUGAAACCGAAAAUGUUUUUUUGAGUGGUACUAAACAUCUAGAAGAUUUGGUAGGUGAUGUUAAAGUUAUUUUAUCUCCUCAAACAAACAUUUGGCCAAAUUUACACGGGGUAAAUAUUUUGGCUGAUGUUGUUGCUGAGUUUCUGGUUGUGUCCAAGAAAAUGACAGUUUUGGAUAUUGGAUGUGGCACUGGUUUAAUCAGUCUAAUGUUGGCGACGAGAUGUCAAAAAAUAAUUGGUGUUGAUAUUCAAAAAGAAAUCAAAGAGGCUCAAGCGGCUUGUGAAUUGAAUGAGAUAAAAAACGCCACGUUUGUUACUGGUAAACCAAAAAUGGUAAUGCAAGAAAUCAAGCAUUCUAUUACAAAUCUGAAAGCUGUAGCAGUUAUCAACACAAAUAAUAUUUUUGGGCGUUCUAUUGACGUCAUAUCAUCGCUUCGAAAAAUGCCAACAUUAGGGCGGAUUGUGAUAAUCACAACUUUGACAAAGCAAGCAAUUCGUUCCAUUUUAGAAUUAACUCAACCUGCUGAUGAAAUACAUGGAAAUCCAUUUAUUCCAAUAAAAGCUUGCAUUGUCGACACUACACCCAAACAAUUUGGAUAUGAAAUAGUUAUGUCUAUGGAAAGAAGGACAAUGAGGAAUUUACUAAAAGUUUCUCCUGUUCCUGGAGUAAACAAUACCGUUGGGCUAAUUAGCAAAUCAAAACAGCAGGCUGCUGCUCUAAAACAACAGAAUCCUGGAACGCUUCCCAUUCCCCAAUAUCAACCACCUAGAUUAGUCAAAAACAUAUUGAAGAAACCAGGUUUUGGAGAAGCUCCUCUAAAACCAGGAUUGAAAAGGCCAUUUCCCGAUAAAGAAUUUGAACCAAAUUCAAAAAAAUUCAAAGGUCUCGAUAAAUAUGGGCAAGACUUACGUAUCAAUCCACUCGUAGAUAAACGAUUACGUGAAACCGGAGGCGAUUUGCGUGAAAGACUGUCUAGUCGAACAACAAUAAUGAAUGAAAUAAAAGAGCAAAAUAAACUCUUCGAGACGGUAGGAUCUAAAAUUAAAGGAGUUGGCAAUUCCGUUGAUUUGGGUACUAUUCAAAAACUCCAAGAAAUGUUGAAUCUGGCUAUCAGAAAAACUAACAAAUUGCAGAGUCAAUUACCUCCUCGAUCCGUUUGGGAUCGUAUUGCACCCGCAGAUAGUGAAGAUUCAAAAUCGAAAAAUGUACCUUCGCGACCAGAUUUUGCAUUAAAAACUAAAAAAUAUCAUAAUGUACCUCCAGCUGAGCCGAAUCAGAUUUUACCCGUUGAUUGUAGACCUAGUCGUUUAAAAAUUUUACCAUCUGUAGUUCAAAAGCCAAUGAGUGGACCAUAUCAAAAACCCGGACCAAAUCGUUUUCAAGCGAAUCAAGGACCAGUGGAAACAAGUUGGGAUCGUGGCAAGCCAUCAUAUUCUCAAAAUGAAUCCUCUCGGUCCGAUACUCGUUGGGGUCGAACUAACUCACCUCAUACUCGUGGGCCUCUAUUGCGUUCUCCACCACGACAGAUGUCUCCUCCGCGUAGACCCAUGUCUCCACCACGUAGGUUAAUGUCACCACCUCGUAGGCUCAUGUCACCACCUCGGCGACCAUUGUCGCCACCUAGACGUCCGCUUUCUCCUCCACGUCGACCUUUAUCUCCACCAAGGCGACCGCUUUCUCCGAUUAGACGAUUGAUGUCGCCUCCACGGCGGCUUAUGUCACCUCCACGUAGACCUGUAUCGCCGGUUCGACGACAAUUGUCACCACCACGGCGACCGAUUUCACCAGGUUUCAGAGGAGGACGUGGAAAUGUAGGAAGACAGCCAUCCCCACCGAGGCGGCAGCAUGCAUCACCACCACGUAGAGCACCGAGUCCUCAGCGUUUUAGAGGAGCAUCACCCCAGAGAGUGAAUCGACAGCCUUCCCCACGAAGAUUCAAUGACGAAUGGGACAUUCCGAGUAGAGGCUCUAUGGAUAAUAAUUGGAUGCAAAAUAGGUCCGACAUGGAAAAACCAAAUAGCUGGCAAAACAAUCAACAGCCAUCAAUUCAACCUUUGCUUCAACCUAAUCAUCAAUCUUUGCUUCAACCUAAUCAUCAAUCUUUGCUUCAAUCUUCUCAUCAACUUUCUCAUCAAUCUCUGCAUCAAAAAUCGCAUCAACAAUCGCAUCAACCUUCUCAUCAAUCUUCCCAUCAAUCCUCCCAUCAACCUUCUUAUCAGUCUUCGAAUCAAUCUUCGCAUUGGGACAAGAGAUAUCAACAAGAAUCAAGUGGUCAUUCUUCAUGGGAUAUUAAAAAAGAAAAACCUUUUGAACCACCGGGUAGUAGUUGGGAUAUCCAAAAGAAAGAUGCCCCUCCUCUUAUGCGAGACUCUGGGAGAAACGAUAUGAAAUUAGAACAAAGAAACGAGCCUAGACGUGAACCUAUUCACGAACCUGCGAGACUCGAUUUUCGAUCUGCGGAUAAGGAUUCGUGGGAUGACUUACCAGAAGAUGCUAGGGACCCAUGGGGUGACGAUCCGGCACCUACGCCACCGACUGAAUUACGCCAGCCAUGGAAUAAUCAAUCUCAAAUUCAAUCUAAUAAUCAAUCAUCGUGGUCUCGAGAUAAACCACAACUUGAUAAUUGGCAAAAUAAAUCCAACUUCCAAAUGAGUGGGUUUUCUACGAGUAACAAUCAAAAUUCUAGUAUGCUUACUAGUAAUCUUAUGAACAAACCAAUGUGGAAUCCUACUCAGACGCAACAACCCUCGAUGCAAUCUCAAACCAGACCCAGUAAUUGGUUGCCACCUGGUAAUUGGCAUGGAGCAUCUGGACCACUUACUAGUAGUAUUGGCUCUCAAGGAGGUAAUAGCGGGCUAAUGUCUGCUAAUCAAAUGAACAACUGGCAACAACCGCAAACCCAACAAAAUUUGAUGAACUUCAAUACAAGAUUACAGAAUGCUAAUAAUGCGUUUAUGAAUAAUCGACGUUGAUUAAAAUGAGUUGGUUAGACAAAUUGAGUUCAAGCAUGUAUUGCCUCAAACAGUUUUUUACCAGAAUGUAUCAAACAAAUAAGUUUGCUUAAGUGUAUAAAUUAUACAUUAUAUAAUUACUCUUCUAUUAUACUUGUAAUUGAAUGAAAUUUCCUAGAAGUAAUUAUACUUCUCCAAACAAGGGCCAUCCUUGUGACCGUA